AUGGACGAGCUCCAGCAAUUGGAGUACCUGUCGCUGGUCUCAAAGAUCUGCACGGAACUGGACAACCACUUGGGCAUCAACGACAAGGACCUGGCCGAGUUCAUCAUUGAUUUGGAGAACAAGAAUCGCACGUAUGACUCCUUCCGCAAGGCUCUGCUGGAAAAUGGCGCCGAAUUUCCGGACUCCCUGGUUCAGAACCUGCAGCGUAUCAUCAAUCUGAUGCGUCCCAGUCGACCUGGCGGCGCCAGCGAAGAGAAGACCAGUGGCGACAAGAAGGAUGACAAGAAAUCGCAACUGAUGAAAUUGUUUCCCGGUCUGGCUUUGCCCAAUGACAAGUACAGCAAAAAGGAGGGCAGCGAGGGAGAGGAGGAGCGAAAACCGGAAAAGGAGCGGAAACCGGAGAAGGAGCGGAAGCCGGAAAAGGACCGGCCCGAUAAACACAAAAAAACCGACAUGAGCGAUGUGGAUGCAGCCAUGCUGGAGCUGGAAGCUUUGGCCCCGGGUGAAGGCAACCCAGAGGUGAAAGAGACCAGGGAAACCAGUUCCAGGGAUCGUCACAAGCGUAGAAGCAGGGAUCGGGACACCAAAAGGCGCAGUAGAUCGCGGGAGGACAGACAUUCAGAUCGCCGCAGGAGCAGAUCACGGGACAAGGAACGCCGUCGACGCAGCAGAUCCCGGGAAAACCGACGCAGGAGCAGGUCUCGCGAGGAUCGCGAUCGUGACAGAGAGCGUCGACGCAGGAGAUCAAGCUCAAGAGACCGCCACGAACGCCGUCGACGUAGUCGUUCUCGUUCUACAGAACGUAAGGACCGAAGAGAUCGCUCUAAGGAACGUGAUCGAAGCGAAAAAAUGCCUCCACCCUCAGCUGCGAUGACCGAUGAUCCGGAAUCGGGCAAGAUAUAUUCCGGCAAGGUUGCCAAUAUAGUGCCCUUUGGCUGUUUCGUGCAGCUCUUUGGUCUACGGAAGCGCUGGGAGGGAUUAGUGCACAUCUCACAGCUAAGGGCCGAAGGCCGGGUGACAGACGUUACCGAGGUGGUCAGUCGGAAUCAGACGGUUAAAGUGAAGGUUAUGUCAAUAACUGGCCAAAAGGUUUCGCUGUCCAUGAAGGAGGCGGAUCAGGAGACAGGAAAGGAUCUCAACCCGCUGUCACACGCGCCCGAAGACGAUGAGUCUUUAAGAGAUCGAAAUCCAGAUGGACCUUUCAGCAGCAGUACUUCUAUGUUGAACCUGCAAGGCAAUGGGUUGGAUGGAGAUGAACACGAGUCCAGAAAGCGUGUGACCAGAAUUUCCAGUCCUGAACGCUGGGAAAUCAAGCAGAUGAUCAGCUCCGGUGUGCUGGACAGGAGUGAGAUGCCGGACUUCGACGAGGAAACGGGCCUCCUGCCGAAAGAUGAAGACGACGAAGCAGAUAUUGAAAUAGAGAUUGUUGAAGAGGAGCCGCCCUUCCUCUCCGGACACGGUAGAGCUUUACAUGACCUCUCGCCCGUGAGGAUUGUUAAGAAUCCUGAUGGAUCCCUCGCCCAAGCCGCCAUGAUGCAGUCGGCCUUGUCCAAAGAGCGUCGCGAGCAGAAAAUGCUGCAGCGCGAGCAGGAAAUGGAAGCAUUGCCCACGAGCCUCAACAAAAACUGGAUCGAUCCACUACCGGAGGAGGAGAGUUCGCGCAGCCUAGCGGCCAACAUGCGAGGAAUGGGUGCUGCUCCCGCUGAAGUUCCAGAAUGGAAGAAGCAUGUAAUUGGCGGUAAGAAGUCUUCCUUCGGCAAGAAAACCGAUCUUACGCUGGUGGAGCAGCGUCAGUCGUUGCCGAUUUACAAACUGCGGGAUGACCUAAUCAAGGCGGUAACGGACAACCAAAUAUUGAUUGUCAUUGGAGAAACUGGUUCCGGAAAAACCACACAGAUCACCCAAUACUUGGGCGAAUGUGGAUUCACUGCCAGAGGAAAGAUUGGGUGCACCCAACCCAGAAGAGUGGCUGCCAUGUCGGUGGCCAAGCGCGUGGCUGAGGAGUACGGUUGUCGGUUGGGCCAGGAAGUCGGCUACACCAUUCGUUUCGAGGAUUGCACCAGUCCGGAGACCAUAGUCAAAUACAUGACGGACGGUAUGUUGCUGCGUGAGUGUUUAAUGGAGGCGGAGUUGAAGAGCUAUUCGGUAAUCAUGUUGGACGAAGCUCACGAACGGACAAUCCAUACGGACGUGCUCUUUGGCCUGCUGAAGACAGCCGUGCAAAAACGGCCGGAACUGAAACUGAUUGUCACAUCGGCCACAUUGGAUGCGGUUAAGUUCUCCCAGUACUUCUUUAAAGCGCCAAUCUUCACUAUUCCCGGAAGAACCUUCCCCGUGGAGGUUCUGUAUACGAAGGAACCGGAGACAGACUAUCUGGACGCCUCGCUGAUCACGGUGAUGCAGAUCCAUCUACGAGAGCCUCCUGGUGACAUUCUGCUGUUCCUCACGGGUCAGGAAGAGAUCGACACGGCCUGCGAGAUCCUUUACGAACGAAUGAAGAGCUUGGGACCAGAUGUGCCCGAGCUGAUUAUACUGCCGGUGUAUUCCGCUUUGCCAUCCGAAAUGCAGACGCGUAUUUUUGAUCCUGCGCCCGCUGGAAGCCGCAAGGUCGUAAUUGCCACCAACAUCGCUGAAACUUCCCUGACCAUCGACGGCAUAUUCUAUGUGGUAGAUCCUGGUUUCGUAAAACAAAAGGUGUACAACUCAAAAACGGGCAUGGACUCGCUGGUGGUCACUCCGAUUUCACAAGCUGCCGCAAAACAAAGAGCGGGAAGAGCCGGGCGAACUGGUCCUGGUAAAACCUAUCGGCUUUAUACGGAGCGUGCGUAUCGAGAUGAAAUGCUGCCCACUCCGGUACCGGAAAUCCAGCGAACCAAUUUAGCCACCACAGUACUGCAGCUAAAAACAAUGGGAAUAAACGAUCUGCUGCACUUUGAUUUCAUGGACGCACCACCAGUUGAAUCCCUGGUGAUGGCGCUGGAGCAGCUGCAUUCUUUGUCAGCAUUGGAUGACGAAGGCCUGCUUACACGGCUGGGCAGACGCAUGGCGGAAUUUCCUCUUGAGCCGAAUCUCUCCAAGAUGCUAAUCAUGUCUGUCGCCCUGCAGUGUUCCGAUGAGAUUCUGACUAUUGUUUCGAUGCUCAGUGUACAGAAUGUGUUUUACAGGCCAAAGGACAAACAAGCGCUGGCGGACCAGAAGAAGGCAAAAUUCAAUCAGGCGGAAGGCGACCAUUUGACCUUACUUGCAGUCUACAACAGUUGGAAAAACAACAAAUUCUCUAAUGCCUGGUGCUACGAAAACUUCGUCCAGAUCCGAACCUUGAAGCGCAGCCAGGAUGUGAGAAAGCAACUGCUGGGAAUCAUGGACAGGCACAAAUUGGAUGUAGUAUCCGCCGGAAAGAACUCUGUUCGAAUUCAAAAGGCCAUCUGCUCAGGAUUCUUCCGCAACGCUGCCAAGAAGGAUCCGCAAGAGGGCUACCGCACUCUGGUCGACUCCCAGGUGGUGUACAUCCAUCCGUCGAGUGCUCUCUUCAAUCGACAGCCAGAGUGGGUCAUCUACCACGAGCUGGUGCAGACCACCAAGGAGUAUAUGCGCGAGGUUACCACCAUCGAUCCCAAGUGGCUGGUGGAGUUUGCCCCAUCCUUCUUCCGCUUCUCGGACCCCACGAAGCUGAGCAAAUUUAAGAAGAACCAGCGCCUGGAGCCGCUGUACAACAAGUACGAGGAGCCCAAUGCCUGGCGUAUAUCACGCGUUCGCCGGCGUCGCAAUUAAUGGACUAAACCCGAUUAUGUGUGUAAUUUUUUGUAUUUUAAGCUCUUAGAAAUAUAAUUUAAGUUAAAA